GAACACCAAGAAUUCAUUGAGAAGAGUUGUAGUGCCACUGCCACAGUCCUCAUGGCAACAGUGGUUCUGGGGCAGACCCUUUCAGCCGAAGUUGAAGCUGCAAUUGCAAAGGAUCCUGCUCUCAAAGCUCGUUUAGAUGAGGCAGCUUUGCUGGCAUUGGCACGGGCCAACCCUGAACGGGCUGUGCAGGUAAUUGAAGAGCUGCAGAACAAAAGCAAUGUGCGAAACCCCUCUGCCUUCGUCGCAGCCACUCUCGCAAAGAACCCGACGCUUCGCACGAGCUCCUCUCAACCCUCAGCUGCAGCUUUGCAACAAGCAGGGAACAUCCAGGAGUUGCUAAAAACACACCCAGACCUGCAGAAGGCCUUGGAUGCCAGUGCUGUGCGCCGACUUUCGGAGGUCGACUUGCCACGUGCAACAGAGCUUAUUGAAGAGCUUGCCAAUCGCCCAGAUGUACGGAAUCCAUCUGCAUUCGUUGUGCAUUCGCUCAGCAGGAAUGCUGUGCCUCCUUCUGCAGCUUCGACCCCGCGUGUGAUUCCGCCCCCCGGUGAGACUAUUCUGGAUGCUUUCCCAGCGGUUGCAGAGAAACUUGACGACAGAGCACGGGCCAGGGUGCUGGAAGCGGACCCCGUGCGUGCCAAAGACAUAGUGAAUGAGAUACUGAAGCGUGAGGAUCUGCAAAAUCCAUCCGCCUUUGUGAUGAAGUCGCUGUCGCAUUCUGCCCAUGCUGCUUUGGCACCGCCACCUGAAGUCCAGGAGCAUGAUCUCUUUCAGGCCACCCAGGUUGAACAGAUGCUUCAAGGAUACCCGCACCUGCGGGCGCGACUUGACACUCAGGCUGUGAAAAAGAUGCGGGCCUCUGAUCUCUCACGAGUUCAAGAGAUUCUGCAGGAAUUGGACAGCAGGGGAGAUGUACGGAACCCUUCGGCCUUUGUGGUGAAGGCCUUGGCUGACUUUCCAGCACCGCGAAGGGAUGUGCCGCAGACCGCAGAACAGGCCAUGCUAGCGACACCAGCCCUGUUGGCAGCCCAAUAUAUGCUAGCAGCGCAGGCAGCGCAAGCCCAACUGAUUCCCCAACUGACGACGUCCCAGAUUCCUCAGCUGACAACUCAAAUGGCAAUAGACCCAGCACACUUGAUGGCACAUCAACUGGCUGCCUCACAGCUGACAGCUUCUCAGCUGGCAGCAGCUCAACUAGCAGCACCACAGAUGACAGCACCAGCAUUCUUUCUGCCGGCUGCUGAUCCACUACAGCAGAUGUUGGCAUUGCAUCCUACCCUUGCCGCGCAGUUGGACGAGCGUGCUAGGUCAACACUGGAGGCAGCGGAGCCAGCCCGCGCGAUCGAGGUUUUAGAAGACAUCAUUGCAAAGGGAGAUGUGCGAAACCCCUCUGCAUUUGUAGCCGCCAGCCUUUCCAAGUUUCGCGAGCGCCAAGCACAGGCGAGGGAGCGCUCACGGUCUCCCAGGCGUGAAGGUCCUAGUUGGGUGGACCAGGCACUCUUGCAGUAUCCGCACAUCGAUCUUGAUCUACAAGCAAGGAGAAAGCUAGAAUCCAUCGACCCGUCUCGUGGAAUGGAAAUGAUUGAAGACUUGGCUCGGAGAACGGAUAUCCGAAACCCAUCCGCGUUUGUCAUCAAAGCGGCAAAUGCUACCAUGGCGGCAGCCCGGACACAGGACAACGGGACAGGCCAAGCGGAGGCGCUGGCAGCGCCGGCAAUCAUGCACACAGAGGUGGACCUGGAGACUAGAGCCGCACGCUUUGCAUUGGACGACGACGCGAAGAGGACUCUGCGCGCCGCGGAUUUGGUCCGUGCUCAUCAGGUCCUGGACGAGUUGGAAGCAAAGGGGACUGAGGUACGAAACCCCAGCGCCUUCGUUUGCACGUCCUUGUCACGGUUUCGUACACCACGCUUCAGGUGAUAGCCUGAGAUUGGCUGUUUGGCUGGGGGCUGUUUAGGCUGUUGCCUGGUAGAGCUUGUUUUGUGGCAUCAUAAUGGCAUGUUGCCUACAAGUUGAGUUGAUUGGAGUUGAGGAUAUUAGAGCCCUCUCGGCAAGGACUGGGAGAAUGAUAUAACUUUCAAGGGGUCUUAUGCGUCUCACAGCGAGCAGAGUUGGCUGAGAGUGACAAA